CUGGACCCGGCGGGAUGAGCGAGGCGGAGGCGGCAGUGGUGGCGACAGCGGCCCCCGCGGCGACGGUGCCCGCGACGGCGGCAGGGGUGGUAGCGGUGGUGGUACCUGUGCCCGCGGGAGAGCCGCAGAAAGCAGGCGGCGGGGCGGGCGGCGGGGGCGGAACCGCCUCUGGCCCCGCUGCUGGGACCCCCUCGGCGCCCGGCCCUCGCACCCCUGGCAACCCGGCGACGGCGGCCUCGGGGACUCCCGCGCCCCCGGCCCGGAGUCAGGCGGACAAGCCGGUGCUGGCAAUCCAAGUCCUGGGCACUGUCAAAUGGUUCAACGUCCGGAAUGGUUACGGAUUCAUCAACAGGAAUGACACCAAGGAGGAUGUCUUUGUCCACCAGACAGCUAUUAAAAGAAACAACCCCAGGAAGUUUCUGCGAAGUGUUGGAGAUGGGGAGACUGUGGAGUUUGAUGUCGUGGAAGGAGAGAAGGGUGCAGAAGCUGCUAACGUAACUGGGCCUGGGGGGGUGCCAGUGAAGGGCAGCCGCUAUGCUCCCAAUCGACGUAGGUUCCGCAGAUUCAUCCCCCGGCCUCGCCCAGCUGCCCCCCCACCUAUGGUGGCAGAGGCUCCCUCGGGUGGGACGGAACCUGGCAGCGAAGGUGAGCGGGCGGAGGACUCAGGGCAGCGGCCCCGGCGACGGCGCCCACCACCUUUCUUCUAUCGAAGGCGGUUUGUGCGAGGCCCUCGGCCCCCCAACCAGCAGCAGCCCAUAGAGGGCUCCGAUGGGGUAGAGCCCAAGGAGACAGCCCCAUUGGAGGGCGACCAACAGCAGGGAGAUGAGCGGGUGCCCCCGCCCAGAUUCCGGCCUAGGUACCGAAGGCCUUUCCGCCCCAGGCCACCCCAACAACCUACCACAGAAGGUGGGGAUGGCGAGACCAAGCCCAGCCAAGGCCCCACUGAUGGCUCCCGGCCUGAGCCCCAGCGGCCACGAAACCGUCCCUACUUCCAGCGGCGUCGGCAGCAGCCUCCUGGCCCCCGGCAGCCGAUAGCCGCAGAGACCUCAGCACCUAUCAACAGUGGGGACCCCCCCACCACCAUACUGGAGUGACUCCAGCUCAGGACACCCAGAGCUGCCAUCUGGUAUCUGCCCGUUUCCAACUGACUCUACCCAGCAUCCUCCUCCCCCUUUCCCAUAAUUCAUGACAUCAAAACAUCGGCUUUUCCCUUGAGACUCAGGAGGGCCAAAGCAACAGCCUUUGGCUUUUUUCUCUUUUUUCCCCUCUCCCCUACCAAGGGUUGAAGGAAGGGGUCCAUCCUUAUUGCUCAGAGGCGCGGCCUCCUCCCCUAAGUCAGGCUGAGAAGGAACCAGCCAGCUCUUACCUCCUCCUGAUUGUUUUUCUUUCCCACCCAUUUAUUUUUUGUUUCCCUUUGACCUCCCAACACCUCUGAAGCCAUUUUAUGUCAUGUGCCACCUGAGCCUCCAGUAAAAACAAAAGCAGGCUUUCUUGUUGUCUUGG